AGUGAAAGAAGAGAAAAUACGAGACGCCAUUUCAAGUCGAACAAGCAACAUUAUUCACUUUAUCCAAACAGCUUUAAGUUUUGUGGUCAAUCAAUCUCCAAAAAUGAGUUUCUGUGAAGAAAAAGAAGAUGAAGACACUGCCGCCAAAAUGAGUUUUCCUGAAUCAAGCUGCAAUCAACCCAUAGAGAAUUUGCCCUCUGCCUUCAGUGAUGCAGUAGAGACCUCUGACCCCAGCAUCAGCAGAAGGAAGAGAAAGCGAGUCCUGCAGAAACAAACGCUGGAGGCGAGAGACCUGCAGAGAGUCAAAGAUCAACACAAAACCAGCAUGAAGAACAAGUAUGAGAUAUUAUUUGAGGGAAUCAAACUCCAAGAGAAUCAAAUCCUACUCAACAGUAUCUACACACAGCUCUACAUCAUAGAGGGAGAGAGUGAAGGAGUGAAUAAAGAACAUGAGGUUUUACAGAUGGAGAAAACAGCCAGAACACAACACUCACAAGACACUCCAAUUUACUGCAAUGACAUCUUUAAAGCCUCAAUUGAAGCAGGAUCUGAAGAGAAAGAGCAGAUCAAGACUGUUCUUACUAAAGGCAUGGCUGGAAUCGGAAAAACUGUCUCCGUGCAGAAGUUAAUUCUGGACUGGGCUGAGGGAAAAGCCAAUCAGGAUGUAGACUUUAUGUUUGUGCUUCCAUUUCGAGAGCUGAACUUGAUCCGAGAUCAUCAGUACAGUCUUCACAGACUUCUGCUGGACUUUCAUCCUGAACUUCAAGAUCUGGACUCACAGAUUUAUGAGGAGUGUAAAGUUGUGUUCAUCUUUGAUGGUCUGGAUGAAAGCAGAAUCACACUGAUGUUUUCAGACGAUCAGAAAGUUUGUGAUGUAACUGAGACUUCAUCAGUGGCUGUGUUGAUGUCAAAUCUCAUGAAAGGAGAGCUGCUUCCUUCUGCUCUCAUCUGGAUCACCUCCAGACCAGCAGCAGCCAAUCAGAUCCCCUCCAAAUACAUCAACCGUCUGACAGAAAUUCAGGGAUUCAAUGAGCCUCAGAAGGAGGAAUAUUUCAGGAAGAGAAUCAGUGACCAGCAUCAAGUCAGCAGAAUCAUCUCGCACAUCAGAAGAGCAAGAAGCCUCCACAUCAUGUGUCACAUCCCCGUCUUCUGCUGGAUCUCAUCCACUGUGCUUCAGAAGUUCCUGGAAGAAGAUCUGAGUGCAGAAAUCCCUCAAACUCUGACUGAAAUGUACAUCCACUUCCUGCUGAUUCAGAUCAACAUGAGGAACCAGAAGUAUGAAGAGAGAGAUCCAGAGGAACUACUGCAGUCCAACAGAGAAGUGAUUGUGAAACUUGCUGAAGUGGCUUUCAAACAGCUGAGGAAGGGCAAUGUGAUGUUCUAUGAAGAGGACCUGAUUGAGAGCGGCAUAGACGUCAUUGAUGCCUCAGUGUAUUCUGGGAUUUGCACUGAGAUCUUUAAGCAGCAAUCUGUUAUUCAUCAGAAGAAAGUUUACAGCUUCAUUCAUUUGAGCGUUCAGGAGUUUCUCGCUGCCUUCUAUGUGUUUUACUAUUACAAUAGACAAACAUCUGUCACAUCUAAGUUUUUUGAUUUAAUGUAUAGUUUACUGGAAGGUGCAGUAGAUCAAGCCCUUGAGAGUGAGAAUGGUCAUCUGGAUCUGUUCCUGCGGUUCCUGCUGGGCGUCUCACUGGAGUCCAAUCAGAGACUCUUACAGGAUCUACUGACACACACAGAGAACAGCUCAGAGAGCAUCAGGAGAACCACACAGUACAUUAAAGAGAAGAUCAAAGAUGGACAUGGACUCUCCACUGAAAGAUCCAUCAAUCUGUUCCUCUGUCUGCUGGAAGUGAAAGAUCAGACUCUGUCCAGAGAGAUUCAGGAGUUUGUGAAAUCAGACAAACACUCAGAGAAGAAAUUCUCUCCUGCUCACUGCUCAACAAUCGCCUACAUGCUUCAAAUGUUAGAGGAGGUGCUGGAUGAGCUGGACCUCAAGAAAUACAACACAUCAGAUGAGGGGAGAAGAAGACUGAUACCAGCUGUGAGCAACUGCAUAAAAGCUCUUUUUGCUGGCUGUAAUCUCACUGCUCAGGAUUGUGAAAUUGUGGCAUCAGCUCUACAGUCCUCAAACUCUGUCCUGAGAGAGCUGGAUCUGAGUAACAAUGACCUGCAGGAUUCAGGAGUGAAGCUGCUCUCUGAUGGACUGAAGAGUCCAAACUGUCAGCUGCAGAUACUGAGGUUGUCUGGCUGUAUGGUGUCAGAGGAAGGCUGUGGUUAUUUGUCUUCAGCUCUGAGUUCAAACCCCUCACACCUGAGAGAGCUGGAUCUGAGCUACAAUCACCCAGGACCAUCAGGAGUCCAGCUGCUCAAACACAAACUGCAGGAUCCUAACUAUAAACUGCAGAUACUCAACAUGGACCAUGGAGGAGAGGCCAGGAUUUCACUAGGACUGCGAAAAUAUGCAUGUGAUCUCACACUGGAUCCAAACACAGCACAUGUUAAACUCGUCCUGUCCGAGGAGAACAGGAAGGUGACACGAGUGGAGGAUCAUCAGCCGUAUCCUGAUCAUCCAGACAGAUUUGAUGGCUUUGAGCAGGUUCUGUGUGGAGAGAGUCUGACUGGACGCUGUUACUGGGAGGUUGAAUGGAGCGGAAGGGGAGCCGAUAUUUCAGUAGCUUAUAAGGGAAUCAGGAGAAAAGGGCUGAGUGAAGAUUGUUGGUUUGGAUACAGUGAAUUGUCCUGGAAUCUGUAUUGCUCUAGCAGAAGUUAUUCUGCUUGUCACAAUCUAAAGCAAACAGAUAUACCUGCUCCUUCAUCGUCUAAGAGAGUAGGAGUGUAUCUGGACGUGUCGGCCGGCUCUCUGUCCUUCUACAGCGUCUCUGACGCACACACAGUCACACACACACUCACACACUUACACACAUUCAACACCACAUUCACUGAACCCCUCUAUGCUGGAUUUAAGGUUUAUCCAGACUCACCUGUGUUGUUGAAGAAGAGCAAAAAUCCCAUAGACAUAAAAAAUGACCAUGAAUUUAACGAUAAAAGACUGUAAAA